AAAUAUUGUUUAGUAUUUUCAAAGUAUUUAAGUACAAAUCUGAUUUAUCAAUAAAAAAAAAUGUACAUGUGAUCAAUAAAUGUAGGACUUUUAUAAAAAUGAAAAAUUUGCCAUCACCAUUAAUUUUAUAAUUGUUUAAAUACUUUUUAUUCAAAACAUGCUUACAAUUCGUAAUAUCAAUAGUUUGCAAUAGUAUAAAACGCAAUGAAAUAGAAAAUCAAUCGCGUCGCACUGAAAUAACACGGACUCAUAUAAAAUGAAACGACAUAAGAGCUGAAUAGCACUUUGAGAUUCUUAGCGUACCUCAGUAGUAGAUAAAGAUCUCUUUACAGUUUUGACACUGACGAAUUCGCCAGGAUGGCUUGUCAAGCGCCACAAUUAGAUCAUGUGAAUAGAUUAAUACUGAAUAAAAUCUAGCAUUAAUUCGGGAACGAAAUAAAAUUCUAUAAGUACUACUACACACGACAUUUUUAAGGAAUACAAAUUUAGUUAAGUGUGAAUUUCUAGUACAAUUAUUGGUUUUAUAUUUGACUCACGUAUCAUACAGAAGCUAUUUAACAAAGUUCUCAUCAAGAUAAUUGUAGAGCUUCUAGUAUAACACUUAAACUUAUACAGAGGCCAGGAUGAGCGAAACAAAUAUUUUCCAAUAAGUGGAUUGUUAAUAUACUGUGUGAUCAAGAAUAAUAAGUCACGGUUUUUCACUAUUAUUUAUUCGUGUAGCAAUAUAUUGUAAAAUAUAAGUAAUACAAAUUUAUAAAUGUUAGUUCAUCGUAAGCUUAAUAUUUGCAUGAUGCACAUGCACGACUUACAAAAUACUUCUAAAUGCUAACAACAAUAUCCUUAAGAUUAAAAAUUGAUUGUUCUGCUAUCUAACAUUCGAUCGAUAUCAUAUCAAGCAAAUACCUAAGAGGGUCGAUAACUUUUUGCACUGAUAAUUUCAGAAUGCUGCGUUAAUUUUGCAAGAUUUUAAAACAUCUAACGUUUUUAAAAUGUUUUAUAAUUGGUUUGUUGUAAAAUGUCACUUUUUCGUUACCAACGUAUUCAAAGCGUUUAUCUUAUCACUUGAUAUGCUUGAUCAAUGUAUUGUAGACAAAUUAUAUAAAAUCAAUUUUCUAUCAAUUUAAUCAAUCUUAAAGAGUCGAUAUUAGAGAUUAAAAUGGAAAGAUAUUUCUUUUAUCUUGCAAUAGUAACAUGAUAUAAAGAUAAAUAAACUACCUUCGUAAAUCUAAACAUGCGCAGAAAAACACAAUAAUAGACCGGCUAUCUAAGCCCCCUGCUGUUCAAGAUAAACCAAUAUAAUAUGUUUCAAUAAUUAAACAAGCAUAACGGUUUUUAUAACUGAACAAAAAAAUAUUAAAUAUAUCAAUAAAAAAUACUUCUAUUUCAAUGGUUUCGUAUACAACGAUCGAUUUGCCUACGUCCUCUAAUGAAAAUUUAUUUUUUCAAUAAUCAUCAUGAUAAUAUUUGUUAAUAACCGGAAAAUUUUAAUUGAUACGAUUAAAGAUACUGUAGGAUUACACUCGUGUGAGUUGAUUAAGAGUUCAAAGUGAUCGGAAGGUGUUCGAAUAAUCAACAGAACGUCUGGUGUUGAAGAUUCAACCAAAGAAUAUCAUUCUAUAAAAUAAAGUUGUAAACAAACGACAUACCGCGUAAAUUAUAAUAAAAUAAAACGAAAUCUCUAAAAUAUAUUUUUGAUUUGAAAUAAAAUAUUUAUAAUUUGAAACAUUUGACUGAAUUCAUAUCGAUUUUACGUAAAUUCUUAUAUUCCAACGAAUCUUUUCCUGUUGUAAUAAUUAUUUUAAUUUACUUAUCAUAUAACUUGUGUUAUAUUAAAAGAUGAUUAAUCUUCAUAACUUGAGAGUCUUAUCAUAAAUACAAGUAUGUCUUCUACCUGCUUCACUAAUGUUUUCGCUCAGUGAUUUGGUGGUCUUGACGAAUAUAAGUGACGUAGAAUAAUCGAACCAUGGAAUCACAUACUUAUAAGGAACAGAUGGAAAACGAACUGAAGGCGAACAAUGAUGCACUUAACGAUAUCAAUAGUAUAAAAAUUAGUAAUACUUUAGUUUUCUUCGUGAAUGGAAAAGAAGUAAGGGACAGCAGAGUCGAGCCAGAAUGGACGCUAUUAUACUAUCUACGAAACAAACUAAAUCUUUAUGGAACCAAACUGGGAUGCGCGGAAGGAGGAUGCGGGGCCUGUACUGUUAUGGUCUCACGAUACGAUCGUAAACAAGAUAAAAUUAUUCACGUUGCUGUAAAUGCAUGUUUGACUCCCGUAUGUGCAAUGCACGGCAUGGCUGUAACUACUGUCGAGGGCAUCGGUAGCACGAGAACAAAACUUCAUCCUGUGCAAGAGCGUAUUGCGAAAGCUCACGGAUCACAAUGUGGUUUUUGCACUCCGGGUAUUGUUAUGUCAAUGUACGCAUUACUGAGAACGAAACCGUUGCCGUCAAUUCAAGAUAUCGAAGUUGCUUUUCAAGGAAACCUGUGCCGAUGUACUGGAUACCGACCAAUUAUCGAAGGCUACAAGACAUUUACCGAAGAAUGGGAAAAGUCGCGAUUGUCCAGAAAUGACGAGGGUAAAGAUAGAACUUGCGCUAUGGGCGAUGCUUGCUGUAGGCGUGUCUUCACAUCAGAACCACAGGAAGUUUUUGACACCAACACUUUUACACCAUACGACCCUUCUCAAGAAAUAAUUUUCCCUCCAAAAUUACAACUUUCUUCAGAAUUCGAUGACGAGUAUUUUAUUAUGAAAGGCAAGGAGGUCACCUGGUAUCGACCAAUUCAUUUGAGAGAAAUCUUAGCAUUGAAACAACAAUACCCGAAUUCGAAAAUCAUAGUUGGAAAUACUGAAGUUGGAGUCGAAGUGAAGUUUAAACAUUUCGUGUACCCUGUGCUUAUACAACCAAUCAAAAUAAAAGAACUUCGUGAUAUAACCGAACUAAAUGAUGCAAUAAGAAUAGGUGCUAGUGUAACACUUAUUGAAAUGGAGGAGGCUUUACGUCACCAAAUUCAAACUAAACCAGAAGAGAAAACAAGAAUUUUCGAUUCAAUAGUGGGAAUGCUUAAUUGGUUUGCUGGAAAACAAAUACGAAAUGUUGCUGCCAUAGGAGGUAAUAUUAUGACCGGCAGUCCUAUAUCUGACAUGAACCCAGUAUUGAUGGCAGCAGGAAUUAAAUUAAACGUGUGCAGCCUUGAAAGAGGUGUCAGAUCGAUUACAAUGGAUCAUUCUUUUUUUGUUGGAUAUCGACGUAACGUUGUUGCACCGGAUGAAGUAUUACUCUCUAUUGAAAUUCCUUACUCUACUCCUAAUCAAUAUUUUGUAUCUUAUAAACAAGCCAAAAGAAGAGAUGAUGAUAUCGCUAUUGUCAAUUUAGCCUUAAACGUAUUUUUUGAGCCCCGAACGAGCAUUGUGGCCAAAUCUUAUAUGGCUUUUGGUGGUAUGGCACCAACAACGAUUUUAGCGAGAAAAAGUUGUGAAGCUAUGAUUGGAAAAAAAUGGAAUGAACAAUUGGUAGAGACUGUUACGGAUUCUUUAGUUAAUGAGUUGCCCUUGAGCGGUGACGCACCUGGUGGUAUGGUUCUAUAUCGUCGAUCUCUUACACUAAGUUUAUUUUUUAAGGGUUUCGUUUGUAUUACCAAGAAGCUUCGUAUUAGUGUUAACGACGUUGACCCUCUGCCAAAGGAACUUGAAACUGCAGGAGAAGGUUUCCACUUCCAAGCACCAAAAAGUUCUCAAUACUUUCAAGUUGUUCCUAAGGAUCAAAGCUCGAUUGAUUUAAUUGGGAGGCCCAUAAUUCAUAUCAAUGCUUUCAAACAGGCAACUGGCGAAGCAAUUUAUUGUGAUGAUAUACCUCGCAUAACUGGAGAAUUGUACUUAGCUUUGGUGCUAUCGACAAAAGCUCAUGCUAAGAUUGUGAAAAUCGAUCCUUCUCAAGCGUUAGCUAUGGAAGGAGUUGAAGCAUUUUUGAGUGCGGAAGAUAUUCCAGAAAAGCAGAGAAUUAUAGGUCACAAAUGCUUUGACGAAGAAGUAUUUGUUUCCAAAAUAGUUACGAGUCAAGGGCAAUCACUUGGUGCUAUUUUGGCAGUUGAUCAAAUAACUGCACAAAAAGCAGUCAAAUUAGUUAAAGUCGAAUAUGAAGAAUUACAACCAAUCAUAAUUACUAUCGAGGAUGCUAUAAAGCAUAAAUCGUUCUUCCAUGAACGUCCAACAGUAAUAUGCAAUGGAGACGUUGACAAAGUUUUUGCUGAAUCUGAUCACGUUAUAGAAGGCGAAGUAAGAAUGGGUGGCCAAGAACAUUUCUACUUGGAAACUCAAGCAUCAUUAGCAAACUUCCGCGAAGAAGGAGAAUUGGAACUAUUUUCUUCAACACAGAAUCCUACAGAAAUUCAAAAACUCACUGCACACGUUCUGAAUCUACCGAUCAGCAGAAUAAACGUCCGUGUAAAGCGACUUGGUGGUGGCUUUGGUGGUAAAGAAACACGAGAAGCACUAGUAGCAUUGCCUGUUGCUAUUGCAGCUUACAAAUAUAGAAAACCUGUGAGAUGUAUGUUAGACCGAGAUGAAGAUAUGAUGAUAACAGGAACAAGACAUCCAUUUCUCAUAAAAUACAAAGUUGGAUUUACUAAAGACGGACUAAUUACUGCCGCUGAAGUUUGCCUUUACAACAAUUGUGGUUACUCAACGGACCUUUCACCUGCGGUUCUUGAAUGUGCUAUGUUUUACGUUCUCAAUGGGUACAAAGUACCGGUUGCUAAAGUAUCAGGUUACAUGUGUAAAACAAAUCUACCUUCAAAUACAGCUUUCCGAGGAUUUGGAGGACCACAGGGAAUGUUUUGCGCUGAAAAUAUAAUUCGACAAAUAGCUGAUUAUUUGGGACUUGAUCACGUUAAGAUAUCCGAAAAAAAUUUGUAUAGAGAAGGAGACAUUACAUUUUACAAUCAACCACUAAUUAAAUGUACACUCAGAAGAUGUUGGGAAGAGUGCUUGUUUUCGUCAAACUACAAAGAACGAGUAACGGAAGUGAAUCAAUUCAAUAAAGAGCACAGGUACAAAAAACGAGGAAUAGCUGUUGUACCAGUGAUGUUCGGAAUAGGAUAUGAAGUAGCUUUUCUUAAUCAAGGUGGAGCACUUGUACAUGUAUAUACCGAUGGAUCUGUUCUUUUAAAUCAUGGUGGUGUCGAGAUGGGGCAAGGCUUAUAUACAAAAAUGAUUCAAAUAGCAAGUCGUAUUCUAAAAGUUAAGCCAGAUAAAAUUUAUACUGCCGAAACAGGCACCGAUAAAGUUCCAAAUACAAUUGCAACUGCAGCUAGUCUUGGUUCUGACCUCAAUGGAAUGGCUGUUUUGGAUGCCUGCACAAAAAUAAUGGAACGAAUUAAAUACAUAAUUGAUGAUGAUCCUGAAGGCACUUGGGAAGAUUGGGUAAAGCGCGCAUAUUUUGACCGAAUCAGUCUUUCAGCUACUGGAUAUUACCGGACCCCAGAAAUUGGUUAUGACUUUGACACUAACUCAGGAAGGCGAUUCAAUUACUACACAUAUGGCACUGCCUGCACAGAAGUAGAACUUGAUUGUUUGACAGGAGAUCACGAGGUUUUACGGAGUGAUGUUGUUAUGGAUCUUGGGGAAAGUUUAAAUCCUGCUAUUGAUAUUGGCCAAGUAGAAGGUGGAUUCAUGCAAGGUUAUGGAUUAUUCACAAUGGAAGAAAUGGUGUAUUCUCCAACAGGAGUUGUAUUUAGUCGCGGACCAGGAGUAUAUAAAAUACCGAGUUUUACGAAUAUACCGAGAGAGUUUAAUGUAUCAUUACUUAAGGCUUCAUCCAAUCCACGAGCAGUAUUUUCUUCAAAAGCUACUGGUGAACCCCCUCUAUUUUUGGCAUCUUCUGCAUUCUUCGGCAUCAAGGAAGCUAUUAGAGCUGCUCGAAAAGACAUGGGAAUCCACGGGUAUUUUAGACUUGAUUCGCCAGCUACUGCAGCCCGCAUUCGUAUGGCUUGUGUUGAUCAACUUACUAAAAAGGUCGGUGAUGGAGAUGGAAAGAAAGCGUGGAACAUAAUACCAUAAACCGUCAAUUAAUUCAUGCUUAAGCUUUAGUUUUUUUUAUAACGCACUGCUACAUAUUAUUUUAAAAUAUUUUAAAGUUUUACAAAUGUUAAUAAGAAGUAUUUGAAAAAAGUUAUAAUUUAUUGUAUUAUAUUUAAAAUGUAAAUUAAUUUUAUAGCAUACUUUGAAUAAAGUAAAAAAAUCGAA